UGCGGCCGGGAGGAGGGGUCGCCAGCGUCGACGAUAGGCCGGGCGAUUUGGACGGGACCAAUGCCCUCGCUCGCCAUGCACCGCCCAUGAUGCCGACGUGCUUGCUUGCCCGCUCCCACACAGAUCAGGUUCCCUGCCCUUCCGUGGCUGCCUGCAACCCUCCUUUCUGUUCCUCCACCUCUCCUACCCCUCCGCAUGCACGGUGCUGGGGCCCAUAAAACCCGCCAUUAUUAUGUGCCAGGGCAAUAUUAUUCUCGCGAAGGCGCCAUCUCAAAGAGGCUAGCCACCCACCCGUGCUACACGUAUUACGACCUAGGGCGGCAUGCGGUUUACACCACAGUAACCACACACUGCUCAGAGUUUGCCACGGCACCUCCACCCUCCGCCCUCGCCCUCCAUUCUCUGUUACCUCACCCAAGUCUUGUCCUCGGCCACUCUGAGGGAAGGAGCUGAACGGAAGAGCCCACUCGGGUUUGAUUGUUUACGCCUGCAUACCACUCCAAUCUCCUUUCCUUGGUUGCCUCGUCCUGCUGUUGGCUCAGAGCUUCACAAAGAAGCAUCGACAGCCAAAUAUUUUGACCGCUCCAUUUUUCUGUUGUUUAUUGUUUCCAUCCCUGUGUCCGUAUUUUGGCACCUGUCUACAAGCCACCGUCUUCGGGCUGAGAAAAAAAAAGCACUCUCGAUUCCGUUGUUGGGCUCAUUAUUGUUUCAGUUCUGUCAGGACGUUCGUUCCAGGGUGCUUGUGAGCCGCCAGCUACUUGUACCGGUACACGUUCCUGUGCCACGGCUGCGAGGGCUUGUCCGAACCGCACACCGCAACUGUGCGCCGCCCACUUGACCUUACUUCCUUGUCCCUCUCGCUGUUUCCCCCUCCCACCCCCUUUCCACGCGCCCAACUAGCCGGUGCGAACCCACACCUGCCCGUCGCGCAAUUUAUUAUUCUUGUUAUUAUUUUUCCUUUACCCUCUGCUAGGUUUCCCUGCGCCCCAGCAAAGCCGCCCGAGGAGGAAGAUCUCUUGUUCUGGCCAAGAAAAAUUAGUGGCCCUGGGCCGACCCAGACCCUCCCCAUCCUGGCCCUCCGCCCUAUUUUGGCUGGGCAAAUAUAUAUCAACAUAGCCGGCAACGCUCCUCCGCUCGCUUCGCUCCCCGCUUUGCUUUUCUGUCCGCGAGGGGCAAACCGCCACUUCGCGACAUCCGCAACAGCCACGGCCAACAACUGCUUCUGGUCACCAUACCAGACUGUCUGUGACGCCUUGAAAGACAUCACCCCGACCUUUUUGCGCAACCGCCCGGGUCACGCCCACGCUGUAAAGCGCGAACGAACGAAUCAGUUGAGCACAAGAAGUCAAAUUAGAUCCGAUCCAUCGGUAAACAACAAGGAGCGACCGCAAGGCACACCCAGUGUGCUCACCUCGGCAAUUCACGAUUGGAGUCGGUCUGCCCACAAGACUCACUCUGCACCGAAAUCGUCUCGCACCACGCUCGAAUUAGCUGUCGAGAUUCGCGCGGAGAAGACAGCCGGCGUUCUUCGCUUGCCCUGAGCAACCCUGGGCGACACCUCCCAACCCAUCGGCAAUCGACCCGCGACUUUUCAACGCUCUGAAGAGUACCCUCACUCCGACUUUCUGAUCGCAGAUCGUCGCGAGUGAAGGGUAGCCACUCCCAUCGCAAUCUACUCAAAUGUCUCAUCGACAACGGACUACCGUCUCGAUUCAUUCCCAAUCCCGUCAGCACCUCCACCCACACGGUCACGGUCACGGUCACGGGAGCUACGUAGGGAACUCUGAGGACGAGACAGAGAGCUAUUCGACAUCGAGCACCAGCGACGACCUGGUAGACGACGACGACGACGACGAUAGGGACCUCGCACCCGACGACUCGGCCUCAAGCGCCGACUAUCACUCUCACCCCGGCCCAACAAGGGAACACGUGCGCUAUUCAACCCAGUCACGGUCCCGGUCCCAGUCGCAGUUCGGAAGGCAGCAGCAACCUUUGCAACCUUUGCAACCUUUGCAACCCGUACAAACCGUGCAGGCUGCCACGCCAAUGAGUGACGAGGACGACUAUGGCUUUGGCGGCGGCUAUUCACGGGGCCCGCCUCAACACCAGAACUACUACGGUGGCCGAGGAGGCGGCGGAGGGUACCCCCAGAGCCACGCCGGCUACGCUCCCCAGGCGCACCAGGGGCACCAGGGGCACCAGGCGCAUCAGGGGCAGGGAUAUGGCACCGCCGUGGCCCCUUACGGAGGCUACAACAAUGGAUAUGGAGGGAAUCCGUUCUCGCCGCAUGGUGGGGCUCCCGCGAACAACUUCUACGAACAACAGCAGCCAGGCCACAUGGUCCCCUACUCGCAGGGCUACGGCGGCUACGGUGUAGCCCCGCACAACAGCUUCCAUCAGCCGCACAUGCCGGGACAUAUGCAACAACCUUACAUGUUCCACCCGCCGCCUCCCCCUACCGAAAUCGCCACCAAGCCGCAAACCCCAGCGGCCCCGCCCCCUCCCCCUCCCCCAGCCGAACCCCCUAAGCCGGAUCCGAUGCUGGAAGCCCUGAAGAAACAGCUCGAUGAGCUCAAGGCAGAGAAGGACAACCAAAAAGCUGCGGCCGAGCAAGCCGCCAAAGAGGCCAAAAUACGACAGGAGGCCGAGGAGGCUUUCAGACGGCGCAUGGAGGACAUGAGGAAAGCGCAAGAAGAGGCUUCAAAAGCUAUCGAAAAAGCCAAGGCUGAGGCGGAGCAGGCUGCCAAGGAUCGGAUUGAAGCGGAGCGCAAAGCCGAGGUCGAACGCCAAAGGUUACAUGAGGAGACCAUGAGGCGAGUGGAGCGCGAGGCCCGGGAGAAGGUGGAAAAGGAAAGGCGAGAGUUCGAGGAGCGACAAAGGUUGCAUGCAGAGGCCAUGGCGCGGGCGGAACGUGAGGCCAGGGCAAAGCUCGAGGCCGAAAGGGCGGCGCAUGAGGAGCGGCAACGGGAGCACGCCGAGGCCAUGGCGCGAGCUGAACGUGAGGCUAGGGCCAAGAUGGAGGCAGAGAGGAUAGCGCGUGAGGAGAAGGCCAGGCGGGAGGCCGAGGUGGCGGCGAUUGCCGCAGCAAAGCUCAAGGCCGAGAUCGAGGCGGCCGUGCGCGCCGAGGAGGAGGCCAAAGCAGCCAAGGCCAAAAAGGAGGCCGAAGAAGCCGCGGCCGCAGCAGCCAAACUCAAGGCUGAAAUCGAGGCUGCUAUCCGCGCCGAGGAGGCGGCCAAAGCAGAAAGGGCAAAGAAGGAGGCUCAGGAGGCCGAGUGGCGGAAGAAGCUCGAGGAUGAGGCCAAGAUCAGAGCCGAACUUGAGGCUCGCCAGAGGCUCGAGGCCGAGAAGGAGGCUGCUGCCAAGGCUGUCGUUGCCGCGGCGGAGGCGAAGGCGGUAGAGGAUGCCCUCAAGAAGAAGUAUCAGGAGGAGGGUGCGGCCAAGGCAGAGGCGGCAGCGGCCAAGGCUGCAAAGGAAGCCGAGGAGGCGGAAAAAGAGAAGUUGCCCAUCAAGUUUAAGGAUGCUGUUGGGCGCAAGUUCAGUUUCCCCUUCCAUCUUUGCCAGACGUGGCAGGGCAUGGAAGAGCUCAUCAAGCAGGCCUUCCUCCACGUUGAAGUGCUCGGACCCUUGGUGCAGCAAGGCCACUUCGACCUCAUCGGCCCCGAUGGCGAGAUCAUCCUGCCAGCUGUGUGGGACAAGGUUAUCCAGCCCGACUCGACCAUCACUAUGCAUAUGUGGCCCAUGGACCGACGACCGAGCCAGCCGCCGGGGUCUCCGCCCGGCAUGCCCCCACGCCCGCAUGGACACCACGCUCACCCAGGCAUGAGGCCGCCCAGCAGCGGCGGCGGCGUGCCUCCGCAGGGGGCUCGUAGGCCUGGCCCACCGCCCCCUCCAGGGUGGCCCGGCCACGUUCCCGGCCCUAUGCCCAUGGGCAUGGGCGGGCCGCCGAGGCCGCCGAUGCCACCAGGCAUGCAAGGCAUGCCUGGCAUGCCUGGCAUGAUGAGGGGCCCUGGCCCCAACAUUGUCAACGUCAGCCCCGGGCCGGGCCCGGGCGUGGUCGAGGUCAUGCAGCCCCGCAAGACGAAGAAGAAGCAGGCCCCGCCGCCGAGCUUCCUUGGGGCCUUCCUUGGAGGAACCAAGCCCGUCAAGUCUACCAAGAAGAAAGCGAAAUGAUUCAUACCGAGUCGGUCAUGGUUGUCGCCUUGUUGCAUCCCUACAGGAUUCCAUAAACGAUCUCUUUUGCUCUCACAGAAAGAACAUAGUCCCUCUCUGUCACCUUCCAUAAGAUCCUCCUCGUGGCUUAUAACAAGUUGGCACUUUGUUUUCCCUUUCCUGUUUUGUACGCAGCGACCUGUUGCCUUUGGCUUUUGAUACCUUUGUCGCCUUGCAAUUCCCUUGUGCCACCUGGGUAGCGGGUAUUUGGAAAAAGAAAAAAAAAGAAAAAAAAGACCAUCCAUCUCCCAAGUUUGUGCCACUGGCAUCUCGACACAUUGCCUCGUUGCAUACCCCCUCCUCUUUCCUUCCUCAACAUGCGGCUUCUUGGUGGUGUUUGACUAGACGAGUCCAUGCCUCCGUCUCCUCAUUCUUUCCACCACCAAAUUUGGUGCCUUAAAUUGGCUAUUUGAAGUUGGACAUGAUUUCUUCAAUGUUGUCUGAUUAUUCUCAUAGCCCACCACACCAGCCUCCUCCUGUGUGACCCAUACUCAACCCACAGGAAGGUCGCCACACAACGCUCACGAUCGAAUGACUGACACGGGGCUAUUCCCGUCUGGGUGUGGCUGCGGGUGGUGCUUUUUGAUUCUUCUCUAGCUUCUUUCACCGCUUUUACUCUGCGACGUGGGGAUUAUUUGUAUUUUGAACAGCUCGUGGGCCGGCGCCGGGGCCUAAAUUUCUUUCAAGACACAUGAGCAGAUAUACCCUUCCACCUAGACAGAGCAACACUCACAAAAGGAGAUAAUAGCUACAAAACAAAAUAAAGCCUUAAAAGCCAUGUGUGUCUGUUGCAAAUGUUGGGCAUACUGUUUGUAUCGGAUAAGAAAACAACACCUCAGAGCUGCACUCGGACAAGCCAGACAGCGGAUAUGUCCCGGAACAGCCAGCGAGUGAGGACCCUGGCUAAAGGGCGGACUUGCCCAAUUAUACCAUGACAAAAAAAAAGUCUCGGCAAGCCAAUGUUGCACGUGUAAAAGCGGCGGCGACAGGGCCGCGGCAUGCGUUGCUACCCCGCGUGCGGCCAGGUCGGUAUGUACGCACCCGUCUUCGCGCCGUCCCUGGGUGCCUUUCGACUGGUAAGAAAUGGAGGACCAAUCACCCUGCUCUCGCUCUCUCGAACCCAGAUUUUGCCAGCUCUCAGCCCGUGCUACCCGAGUCUAGUCUGUAGUGACGGGGAGCCUUUCACGGUGCGGGUUUUGCUUGCCCAUCAACGGCGCCCGCUUUCCCAGCAGCUGAAAUCCCGGACGGGAAAAAAAAGGACCGACAAAACGACGAAACGGACGGGGAAGAGGUUCCAUGGCAGGGGGCAAUUUGCCGCGAAUGACAAACACAGUGGAAAGGCCGCUGAUAGGAGGUCUUGGCUCGGGUCAAUAUGAACGCACAGGUUCUGCAAUCGUGCGGCCUGCCCCAAGAGUUCCGUGGGCCACCUGAAACAUUUGACAUUGGAAGUCCCCACGCGGGGGGGGGUACUUUCUGAAGCUUUCCAAGCCCGAUACGGAAGGCUUCAAUGCGUUGCUUAGUUCUGGUGACCGAAAGAGAUGGUCGAAAUGAAGAGAGAGGGAUUGACACCGACCCGUGGCGGACGCUGGGCCGAAUGAGGAUGAGGAAAAGGUUCCUCGAACGCGAGGCGCGGACGAGAUCUUGGAGCGAGAAGGAGAGCGAGCGACGGUUUUAACUGAAGAAAGGAAAAAGAAAGGAAAGGAGAGGAUGGACCAAAUUUCGAUAAAAGGAUAGAAAACAAAAGGCUUCACACAGCCCUUGAUGGAAAAGAUUUUGUCCUGGACAGGUUUGUAAUGGAUGGUUCUCUGGAUGAUGUUUAAUGUGUUUU